CUCCGUCAUGCGAUUUUUAAAUUUUUUUAUUUACUUAUGUAAUUUAUCAUAAUAAUAAUAAUAAUAAUCAUCGAAACUUGUGUCUCUAUAUAUAGAUUUGAGUGUCUCAUAUUUAAUUUUUCCAGCAUGAUUUACCCAGCUUGUACGAAAAUAUAGACUGGGAAUUUCAAGUUUAUGUAGAAGGACUAAUCAACAUGCUAACAUCUUUAAAUGAAAAAGAAUGUUAAAUUUCAAUCAAAUCUUAUUUUUUUAAUAAUUGGUACGUAAUUACUACUAGCUAAUUCAUUAGUGUGAACACAACAGAAUGAAAUUUCAGUUGUAAUUAGGUGAUCGUUAGGCGUUGGAUUGACCAUUAAGCAAUCAAUGAUGAUACUAUAAGAAAUUAAAUCGUGGAUGAAUAUAAGUUUCGACAUCUGGAAUUUUUAGAAAAAUGCUCUAUUUAUUUCAACAUGAAUUUGGAUGAAAAUAGUAGUUGGCCAACUAAGCUAUUAAAUCUCCGAAGUCAAAUGCGGAAAAACGAUCUCUUUAAAUACAAAAUAUACACUUCUCCCACUCAACCCAAUCACAUUCAAUUCAAAAUCUCGACACAAACACAAAGACGCGAAAUUAAUCUCUAGAAAGAAAUUAAGAAUGGGGAAUUGCGAGAGGCAAGAACAAGAAACGGGAGGAGAGAGGAGAGAGAGAAAGAAGCUCCCCAAAUACGUGAAGCUUGGCUACCAUUACAUGAUCUCAAACGGCAUGUACCUCCUCCUCGUACCUACACUGCCAUAUUUAAUCCUGUCCGUUCAUCUCUCAACCCGAUUAUACGAGCAGCUGAGAGCUGCGGCGGUGUGUUGGACGCUGGUGGUGUUCCUCUACUUGAUGAGGCGGCCGAGGAGAGUGUACCUGGUGGACUUCGCGUGCUACAAGCCCGGCGCGGAGGCGAUGUGCAGCAAGGAGAUGUUCAUGGAUCGGUCGAGGCGGGCGGGGAGUUUCACGGCGGAGAAUCUGGACUUCCAGAGGAAGAUUCUGGAGAGGUCCGGGUUGGGGCAGAAGACCUACUUCCCGGAGGCCCUGCUGCGCGUGCCGCCCCAACCCUGCAUGGCCGAGGCUAGGAAGGAGGCCGAGAUGGUCAUGUUCGGCGCCGUCGACGACCUCCUCGCCAAGACCGCCGUCAAACCUAAGGACAUAGGAAUCCUCGUUGUCAACUGCAGCUUGUUCAAUCCCACGCCGUCUCUGUCCGCGAUGCUCGUCAAUCAUUACAAGAUGAGGGGCAAUGUUCUCAGCUAUAAUCUUGGCGGCAUGGGAUGCAGUGCUGGAUUGAUCUCCAUUGAUCUUGCUAAACAACUUCUGCAGGUGCACCCGAAUUCGUACGCAUUGGUAGUAAGCAUGGAGAACAUCACCCAAAAUUGGUACUUGGGCAACAACCGCUCCAUGCUGGUGUCCAACUGCAUCUUCCGCAUGGGCGGCGCCGCCAUCCUGCUGUCGAAUCGGCGGGCGGAGAGGGGGCGGGCCAAGUACCAGCUGAUCCACAGCGUGCGCACGCACCGGGGGGCGGACGAGAGGAGCUACGGGUGCGUGUUCCAGGAAGAGGACGAGGCGAGGCACGUGGGCGUGGCCCUCUCCAAGGACCUGAUGGCGGUGGCCGGGGAGGCCCUGAAGACCAACAUCACAGCCCUGGGCCCACUGGUCCUCCCCAUGUCCGAACAGCUGCUCUUCUUGGCGACGCUGCUGGCCAGAAAAGUGUUGAACAUGCAAAUCAAGCCAUACAUACCGGAUUUCAAGAUGGCGUUCGAGCAUUUCUGCAUCCACGCAGGAGGCAGGGCGGUCCUCGAUGAACUGGAGAAGAAGCUCGACUUGAGCCAGUGGCACAUGGAACCUUCUAGAAUGACACUCUACAGAUUCGGGAACACGUCGAGCAGCUCCUUGUGGUAUGAACUGGCCUAUACCGAGGCUAAGGGUCGGAUCCGGAGGGGCGAUCGCACGUGGCAGAUCGCGUUCGGGUCGGGUUUCAAGUGCAACAGCGCCGUGUGGAGGGCGCUGAGGACCGUUGAUCCGGCCGAGGAGAAGAAUCCGUGGAUGGAUGAGAUUCAUGAUUUUCCGGUUGAGGUGCCCAGAGUAGUCGCACUUAAUUAGUUCAUUCUUUGCACACAAUUAAUAUCCUUUACACUUUAUGUCAAUAAUUUGUUGCUCUUUUUUUUAAAUAGAAUUCAUAGCAUUACUACCAUUUUUGGGGGAUGUGGAAUUUGUUGAGAGGUGUAUCUAUUUGGAAGGGAUCUGAGAAGUUUGUUUUUAGAUUACAUAUCUAUAUAUACAUGAUUUUGAUUUUUUGGCUUGCAA